AUGCAAACCAGCGAUGGGAUUGGAGACGCUAAAGACCGUUGCACUGGGAUCACAUUUCUCCGCGGAUUCCGGUGGGUGGAUGUUUCCUUCAAGUUGGUUUGGCGACUUUCCACCAAGGCGCUUGCAACUAUCUACUACUCUACUUGGAUGGACCAUGCUGAGCCUGGUUUUGAGGAUGCAAGAACCGGAAACCAGGCCAGCCCUGAAAGGGAGCUAAGGACCAGAUCUCGGCUAGGCCUUUAUGCAUGGCGAAGCUCAAGGACUCAACGGGUGUCAAAUGCCGGCCAUGGUCAAUCGUUCGCUGCACGGACGCUGCUGUUCAACCAUUCCGGGGGGAGCAAUUCCCGGGUUGAAGUACUCACUGGUGGAAGCAUUCCAGCUACUGUGCUUCUCAGCUACACUCAGGAUCUUGAAUCUUGUCAAGUGAGUGCUGUGCAUGAGGAUAUCCGACCCCCAAAUGGCCGGGUAGUGGUUGAGAACUUCAUAGGUGAUCAAACUGAUGGACCUCUUUCAGAAUGGCAGCCAUCUCUUAGGAAAUGGACAUCCGAGCUCAGGCAAUCUGCCAGCAACACCCGGGAGCACAGGAUGAGCAUGAGCAUAACAGAAGCAACCCCCGACGACGGCGUGGCGGUGACAAGUCCUGUACAGGAGGACAACAGGGCAUUGACCGAUAGAUCGGCAGGCUUGCGUAUGAAUCAACCACAGCUCGCUCAGCACUAG